CCUCAGUCCUAGAGCACGCUGGGAGCUGUGGGCGCCCAGCCUGGCGCGGUCGCACCAACUACAUUUCCCGGCGGGCAUUGCGAGGAGGGAGCGGGUUGUGAGCGCCCGGCUCGGCACGGCCCGGGGAGGUCAGCUUUGCAAGAUGAAUAAGGACGCCCAGAUGAGAGCCACCAUUAACCAGAAGCUGAUAGAAACAGGGGAGCGGGAGCGCCUUAAAGAUUUGCUGAGAGCCAAGUUAAUUGAAUGUGGCUGGAAGGAUCAGUUGAAGGCACAUUGCAAAGAUGUCAUCAAAGAAAAAGGAUUAGAGCAUGUCACCGUUGACGACCUGGUGGCAGAAAUCACUCCCAAAGGUAGAGCCUUGGUACCAGACAGUGUGAAGAAAGAACUCUUACAAAGAAUAAGAACCUUCCUCGCCCAGCAUGCCAACCUUUAACUUCAGCAGUCGUCUUGGAUACAGUAUUUCUGUUUCUGCAUUAUGUUGGUCGUGUCAGGAUUGGAACGCGGUUUCCAUGCUUAAUGAUUGAAAUUCAUUUUUUUGUGUGUGUGAUGAGUUGAAACUUCCUUGCACUGCAUCAAUUUCUUGGUGUUAUUUUAA